CCCACUCCAAAACACACGCACACAAAAUAAAAAAUCGAGAUGGCAAAUAACGUCGUUGAUUUCUACGUUCUUCCGGAGGGUUGCAUAGCGAAGAUUAUCUCGCUCACGGAGCCUCGCGAUGCGUGCAGGCUUUCGCUCGUGUCGCCGAUCUUCAGGUCGGCCGCGGAAUCGGACUCCGUUUGGGACAGUUUUCUGCCUGCGGACUGUCAAUCCUUGAUUUCCCUGUCCUCCUCUCCGAAUUUGGUUAGUUACGGUUCGAAGAAAGAGCUGUACCUUAGCCUCUGCGAGAAGCCUCUCCUCAUAGACGAUGGGGCAAAGAGCUUCUCUUUGGACAAGUUGACUGGAAAGAAAUGCUACAUGCUAUCUGCUAGAGACCUUUCGAUAGUAUGGAGUAGCACUCCGUUGUAUUGGAGAUGGAUCUCUCUUCCCGAGUCCAGGUUUGAGGAGGUGGCUGAACUUCUACAUGUUUGUUGGCUUGAAAUCCGUGGUAAAAUCCACACAAGCAUGCUGUCAGCGGGGACUAUCUAUGCUGCAUAUCUUGUGUUCAAGACAACAGAGGGAACCCAUGGAUUUGAUGCCCUUCCAGUGGAGGCUGGAUUUGGACUGGUUGGAGGAGGUGACAGCUGCAAGCGCACAGUUUAUUUGGAUGCUGGGGAUCUUAGGCGCCCAAGAUAUCAUUAUAAUCCCCCUGGUGGUAGAAGCAUUUUGGACAUUUUGCAAUUUGAACAGGGUGAAAGAGAAGGCCACGAGAACGAAAACCAGAAUCCUAAAGAGAGAAGAGAUGGGUGGUUCGAGGUUGAGUUGGGAGAUUUCUUCAAUAGUGGAGCUCAAGAUGGGGAGCUGGAAGCGUUUGUUCUGGAGAUCAAAGAAGGUAAUUGGAAGUCAGGCCUCAUUAUUCAAGGGAUAGAGAUCAGGCCAAAAGGAAGAGAUUGUAAAUAGAAGGGGAAAAAAACAAAGGUCGGAUGGCCUUUUUCUUUGUUGGAACAAGUAGAAGGAAAAUAAUUUGCCUUGCAUGUUUUAGUUGGCAUGAAUGAGUAUAUUGUAUGUCAAAUGCAUCGCUGUUACUAGCCCUGCGUGUUGUGGAGAUUCAUGGUUGUUUUCUGAGCAAAUUUACUGCUUCCAUUGUCAUGCCUUUUGGUUUUCAAGUGGAAAAGGUUGGAGUGAACUACUUUCCACAUGUUUUAAGCUAUUAUUCUAAGUUUCUAGUAUCUCUUUCCUGUAAUCUCUUUCUGGAUUGAAAUGGAAGAUAUAUUAUAUAUUACAGUUCC